GCCCCAACCAGCCUCGACUCAGCCUAGGGCAGUGGUCUAGGAGCUCCGCACCACUGGCUCCUAGUGGAGCAGGAGAGAUGAAGAAGGGGUACAGGCUGUUACAAAUACCUGGAUUGGUCUACAGCCAAGUGUGAGGGGAAACGAAGAGUUAAAAGCUGUCAGCUGUGAAUUCUCUGCAGCGCUCCCUUGUCCUACCUCUGGCCUCCCUUCUGUUAGGGUUCUAGCUGGGCCAUAGGACUAAGGAAAGAAGAAAUGCCUACUAGGGGAUUUCAUUCCUGCUGAUGUGGGUACGUCGGGCUCCCAACUGACUUUUCUUCCAAAACCAGAGCAUUUCUUUGUUGUGUAUAAUAGUUUUAUUGAGAUUAUUCUCAAGAUAAUAUUAGGGAAAAUUCACAUGCAUACAUCGCACCAUUGCAGGCAGACCAUUCUGCAGUGUUUACUGCAUUCUCAGAGUCAGUGGACCGUCACCACUAUCUAAUUUCAGAACAAAAACAAAAUUGAAAGCAGCCACUCCUCAUUCUCCCUCCUCUCAGCCCAUCACAACUACUCUUUUCACUUUCUGUUUCUAUAGACUUGACUGCUCUCAACACCAGGGCAUUUCUGCGACAUAAGUCACCUCAUUGGUUGGAAAGAGAGAAAAUCAGGGUGAAGCCAGGGUUCCAGGAGCACAGGUGGCUUGGGAGCAGGGAGCCCCAGUGAAGUCCCUCCCCUGGGCUCUAGGCAGCCUGAGGCCUGUACACAGGAGGCAGCCCAGGUGUCUGUCAGAAGAAGGAACAGGAGAAAGAGGAGAAAGGGCCCUUAGGGGAGAAAGCAGGAUGCUGGCUGAGAGGCCUGGGAUGGGGGAGGAAGGCGAGGGGAGUCGCAGGGUAGGUAGCCAGACUUCAAGUGACCUGGUCAAGGUCAAGGCUGGGCUGUCCUUCUGCAUCCAUCUUUUAGCCUUUUAUUGCCAAGGGGGAGCCAGUCCACUGUCUAUUCCACAUCCAAGUAGUCAGUUGAGGGAGUCAUUGUUUCUGGAUUUGUGUCCUCUUGUCCCUAGUUUCCCCCAAUUCCCUGCAGGUGUAUCCUGACCUUAGUUAGAGGAGCUAGAAAGAGAAACAAGGAGAAGAGAGGAGGGUGGGGCAGGAGGGAGAAGCCUGGAGGUGGAGUGGGAGAGCAGGUAGGGAAAAGUAGGAGGGCGGGUUGUGGCAGGGCGGGGCUCCAUCUAUAAAGUGGGGAAGCCUGUGGGCUAGUGGGCAUAUGCUCCAGAGUCACCAGGGAGCCCACAGGCUUUGGUAAGUACUCUCCCCCGCUCCCAGCGCAACUGAGGCCAGCAGCUGGUCUCUCAGGAAAGAAUUGUCCUCAUCCUGUGCUGCCUGCCUCCCUUGCAGGGGCCCCUGGCUUGAGAUGGGGGGUGUUCCCAGUGCCUGCUACUGUCUAUGUGGGGUCCUCCUCUCCCUCCUACCUUCCCUGUUAUCCCUCAAGGUUCAGGAGGGAGACCAGCUUGCACCAUGAACCUGUGGCUCUUGGCCUGCCUGGUGACCUGCUUCGUGGGUACCUGGGCCCCUGCUGUCCAAGCACAAGGUGACUUCGAGGAUUGCUGCCUGGCUUACAACACCCCCGUUAGCCUGAGGGUGCUCAGGCGUGCCCAGAGUUACUGGUGCCUGGAUGUGAGCAGGAGCUGUAACCUGCCUGCUGUUAUAUUCUACUUCCCUCACAGACAGCUCAAUGUGUGUGGGAACCCACAGGCCAAGUGGGUACAAGAUGGGAUAAGGCUUCUGAAUACUCGGAAGAAGGGCCCUCUAGAGCAUCACCAAAGUACCCAGAAAGCCUCCCAACGCUGUCCCACUGUGGAAAAGUUGAGCCCUAAAACCUCCAGGCUUCCACUCUCUGCACGUAGAGGUCGCACCAGAAGCAGCAAGAAGAAUGCCUUGCUCCCAGCACAGGCUAAUCCAGGAUCCUGAGCCCGAAUAUCUCCAGGAUUAACCCACACGAGAUGGGCUGGAGCUCUCUCCACUGUGACCAUUGCCCUGCUGGCCCCCAGCUGCACUCCCCUCCAGGCCAGCUCUCAGCCCGUGCAGAGCCUGUACCGGUUCCCUCAGCCCUGCUGCCUCCUGCUCCUCGAGUGACUAGAAGGAGGGAGCUGACUUCAUUUCAAACUCUUUGUGUUCUUCAGCAACCAGAAGCAGCUCUGGCCAAUGAUUCUGAGAGAGCAUCAUUGAAACACAUCACCCUGAUGUGUCUCCUAUCCCAGGCUACAUAUGCCUGUGUCCCUCUGGGUCUUUGCAAAGCUCUUGUCGAUCCAUGGACAACACUCCUGAGCUGCUUUUGUUUUUUUAAAUAAACAUUUGGUGGGACAUCA